AUGGUUUCCUUCAUCCUCUGCCUCCUCCCUGCUCUCCUAGCUACAACUAAUGCACAAGCUGCGAUCCUGACAUGUGACACCUGCUUUGGCCUAACGGAGACCUGCAAUUUCGCUCCAGGAACCUGCCAAGUCAACAAGGCUACUGGUGGCUGCCUCUCCGUGGCGGAAGAUAUUAAAUUGGGUGGGACACAGAACACGAACUUCUACAAAGAGUGUGUGAGUAACUAUAAGAGUGACAUAGAAGUCCCCAUCUCCUUCACUGUUGGGAAUGGCAAUUACGUGAGGAUCAACACUACACUAUGCAACACAGAUAAUUGUAACGCGGCUGUACCUGGAAUGCCCACGGGGAGCACCACCGCGAACGGGCUGCAGUGCCCAACCUGCUUCGCUCUGAACUUCGCUCCCUGCAACAGCUCAGUCACCCCUUGUACCGGGGAUGAGACCUACUGCAUGGAUUUCACUGGGUUUCUACAGAAAGGUCCAUCUUCGUCACCAUUUCAAGCAAAAGGCUGCACUUCUGCGUCUGAUCAGGUCAUUAAACCUGGAAUCAACCUGACUUCUACACCCUACACAUUCUCCUUUUUUUGGGGGCAAUCUGUUCCAGCAGAGAAAAUACCCACCCCCCCACCUCCCACAACCACCACCCCCGCUACUACCACCAACGCCCCUCCCACAACUGCCACCCCCGCUAAUACCACCAACGCCCCUCCCACAACCACCCACAGUGGGGCCAGCCCGGCGCUGGGGAAAUUCUCCUUUGCCCUCUACCUGCCUGGCCUGACUGGGCUGCUGCUGGUGAAGCUGCUCUCCUGACCCCCGCCCGGCACGGCCCACGCAGCACCUGGUGUCUGCAAACAAAGGCCUGAAGUCCCAGCUGCACC